AUGGCUGCACUGAGUUGUCUUCUGGACAGUGUUAGAAGGGACAUAAAGAAGGUGGACAGAGAACUAAGGCAGUUGAAAUGCAUUGACGAACUCAGCACACGAUGCCUGUGUGACUUAUACAUGCACCCAUAUUGCUGCUGUGACUUGCACCCGUACCCGUACUGCCUGUGCUAUUCAAAGCGAUCACAGUCCUGCGGCCUGUGUGAUUUCUACCCAUGUUGCCUGUGUGAUGCCAAGCUUUACUGUCUUCGCCCGUCUCUCAGAAGUUUGGAGAGGAAAGCCAUUAGAGCCAUAGAAGAUGAAAAGAGAGAGCUUGCCAAAUUAAGAAGAACAACAAAUAGAAUUCUAGCCUCCUCUUGCUGUAGCAGUAACAUUUUAGGAUCAGUGAACGUGUGCGGCUUUGAACCCGAUCAAGUCAAGGUGCGAGUGAAGGACGGAAAGGUGUGCGUGUCAGCUGAGCGCGAGAACAGAUACGACGGCCUGGGAUCGAAAAAGUACAGCUACAUGAACAUCUGCAAAGAGUUCAGCUUGCCCCCGUGUGUAGAUGAGAAGGACGUGACGUACUCCUACGGGCUCGGCAGUUGUGUCAAGAUCGAGUCUCCCUGCUACCCUUGCACGUCUCCCUGCAACCCCUGUGAUCCCUGCAGCCCCUGUGACCCCUGCAACCCAUGCUAUCCCUGUGGGAGCCGGUUUGCCUGUAGGAAGAUGAUUUUGUAA